AUGCAAUUAAUUAUUAAAUUAAACAAUAUUUUUUGUGAUAAAUCAAAACCUAUUGAAUAUUUAAUUGAAACAAACAUUAUUAAAAUUCCUGAAAAAUGUGAUCAUGAAAUAAUUGAAAUUGAUGAAAAUAAAUUUGAACAUUUCUGGAUUGUUGGAAUAAUUCAACAUACAAAAAAUAUAAAAAAUAAAGCAAAAAUUAAUUCUAUUCAAAAAUGCUAUUUUGAAAUUGUAGAAAAUAGAAAUACUGAAACAAUAUAUAGAAUUAUUAAAAAACGUAUUAAAAAAGGAUCAAAUGUAUAUACUGACAGCUGGAAAAGUUAUUGUGAUAUUGAAAAAUAUGGAAUUAAACAUAAACAAGUAAAUCAUAGUAAAAAAAUAUUAAAUUAUUAA